AUGCCCGACGACACCAAUUACGAGAAGAUCCCGCAGCCUCCAGAACACGCGUUCGGCCUGCUGGGAAACCUACCCGAUAUCGAUCCUAGUUUCCCUCACAGAGAGAUUUGGAGGCUGCAGGCGCAAUAUGGUCCUAUAAUGAAGCUGUAUGUUGAGCGUGGAAAGAGUCUUCUAGCUACCUUUUGCUGAGACAAUGCCACUGGUACAGGAAUCUAGGAGGGCCACGAAUCUUUGUUGGGAACCAGCGUCUGGUGAACGAGAUCAGCGAUCCGAAGCGCUUCCAGAAAUCACUCCCCAAACCCAUCAUUGAGGUUCGAGCGCUAACCGGAGAUGGCCUAUUCACAGCCAGCAACGAGGAAGCAAACUGGGGGAAGGCUCAUCGCAUGUUGAUCUCCGCUUUCGGUGUGCAUCAAGACCUCUUCGUCAAUCUGGCAGCACAGAAAUCAUAGCUAACUGGGUAAAGGUCCCUUCGGCAUACGCAAGAUGUUCGGCGGGAUGGUCGAUAUUACCUCUCAGAUGAUACUAAAAUGGGAUCGGCUAGGGCCCGACCACGAGAUCGUAUGCAGCGAUGAUUUGACGAGACUGGCCUUUGACACGAUCGGCCUGUGCGCAUUCUCAUUUCGCUUCAACGAAUUCUACUCCGAGGACGUACACCCUUUCGCACGCCAAAUGUCCGAGGUACUCUUGGAGUCUGGCAAGAGAGCCAACAGACCGUCCUGGACCCAAGCUCUCUACCACUCUGCCGAACAGAAACGUCAAGACAACGUUGCUGAGAUGCACCAACUCUGCGACCAGAUCGUUGCGGACCGAAAAGCACAUCCACAGCCGGACAAUCAUGACCUGCUCAAUACCAUGCUGAACGCUGUCGACAAGGAGACUGGCGAACGCCUUUCCGAUGAGAACAUUCGUUAUCAGCUGGCGACAUUCCUGGUGGCCGGCCAUGAAACGACAUCGGCAACAUUGUCAUUCACUUACUACAACCUGCUCAAGAACCCCGAAAAGUUUCUGAAGGCGCAGCAGCAAGUCGACGAAGUGCUCGGGGAUAGAGUGAUGACGGUGGAUGAUAUUCCCAAGCUUGACUAUGUCAGUCUAACACACAAACUCCUCAACGCGCGAAGCUGAUGAGAUUUAGCUGGAUGCUUGCGUCAAAGAAACCCUUCGUUUGAGUUCGCCAAUUCCGGCGUAUACAGUCGCAUCGGGAGAGGAUCAAGUUAUUGGAGGCAAAUACUUCGUUCCGCAUGGCACUGAAAUCUCAGUCAACAUCCGAUCUUUACAUCAUGAUACCGAGGUGUGGGGAGAUGAUAUUGCCACCUACAGGCCCGAGCGAUUCUUGGACGGUGGCUUUGCACAUCUUCCACCGAACGCCUGGAAGCCAUUCGGCAAUGGUCCCAGAGCCUGUAUCGGUAGAGGUUUCGCGGAGCAGGUAUGCAUACAGAGACGACGGAACUGAGAAAGUUGCGACAUGAAGGUGGACUGACAUUUGCACUCAGGAAAUGGCAAUCAAUCUAGCCAUGGUGCUGCAACGCUUCCAGUUAGAGCUUGCGAACCCGUCCUACGAACUGCAGCUGAAAUCCACCUUGACCAUCAAGCCGUGGAACUUCAAGAUGAAAGUUCGUCGACGACCUGGAAAGUCGAUCAAUGUUGGAAUCCCAGGAGGUGUGCAGCAGCCGAGCGCCCACAAAGAAAGCCAUGCAUUACAUGAGCCUGUGGGCGAUGGGAAGACAGCGAAGCCACUUUCCGUGUUCUUUGGCGGUAACACAGGUAGGUGCCGAUUUAUGUCGGUAUGUGGUUGAGAUUUCUGUGUGAUACUGAUUUGAAGUAGGCACUUGCGAAGCCAUGGCACAAAGUUUGGAAACUACUGCGGGUACGUAUUGAUCAUGUUCGCCCAAGAGGAUGGACUCUUCGUGCCGAAUUUACACAUGGGAAGGCAGUACUGACCUCAUCAGGGGAUUAUGGAUACCAGGCUUCCGUCUCUAGUUUGGAUGCCGCAACCGAGCACAUACCAUCUGAUCGACCUGUUGUGUUCAUCACUUCAUCGUACGAAGGUAGGCAUCGUAAUGAUCUCACACGCCGCAGAUACAUGCUAAGCUAUGUCCUUGGUCACAGGCUAUCCUCCAGACAAUGCUAAGAAGUUCGUGUCAUGGCUCGAAAGCCUGAACAAGAGCAAAUCGCUAGAGGGCAUCCAUUACGCUGUCUUUGGGGUCGGCAACUCAGACUGGUCAGCGACGUUUCACAAAGUCCCAAAGCUGGUGGAUGAGCUUCUCGCAAAGAAUGGUGCCUCACGUACCGUGGACGCCGGCUUUUCAAACGUCAAGGAGGAUCUCGUUGGGCCCUGGGAAGAUUGGGUGCCUAAACUGUUCACUUCAAUCUCUGGUGGCGACAUCGACGGCCCUCCGCAGGCAAGCAAAAUCGAGGUGAAGAUUGAAAGAAACCCGCUGGCGCGAGCUCUUGGUGGUAGCGAUAUAAGGUACGGCACAGUCAUGGCUAACCGCGAACUGGCCGGAACCGAGGUCGGACUCGCAAAGCGGCACCUGGAGGUGAAGCUCCCUGAAGAGACCGAGUAUAUUGCUGGAGACUAUCUGGUUGUUCAGCCUGUGAAUCCGCGAGAAACCGUCCAUCGCGCCAUGACUUUCUUCGACCUCGAGGAGUAUGAUGAAUUUACCGUGACUGGAACAUCAAAGAAGAUCUUGUCUGAGUCUCUCAAAGUCGCGGGAGAAUUCUUCCGGAGCGCGGUCGAGCUUGCUAGUCCUGCGACCAAACGACAACUGGAGACGAUUGCGACCUUUGCCGAUUCCGAAGCGAAGACCAAGAUCGCCAAAUUCUUGGACGACUACCAGGGCACACUCUCCAAACGCUAUAGCGUUCUUGACGUCCUCGACGAGACAUCCAUCCAGCUACCAUUCGCUCAGUUCCUGGACAUGCUCCCUCCUCUCGCGCCCCGCAUGUACUCCAUCGCAUCCUCUCCCAUGCACGAUGCGGGAACCGUCGCAUUGGCGAUUGACGUUCUCGAAGCUCCAGCACUCUCGGGUCAUGGAAUGUUCCAAGGCGUCGCAUCCAACUACUUGGCAACGAGAAAGAUCGGAGAUCGGAUCAAUUGUUUCGUCCGACCCACCAAUGUCGGCUUUCGACUCCCACCACCAGAGGUACCCCUGAUCAUGAUGGCUGCCGGUACAGGGAUUGCUCCCAUGCGAGCCUUCCUACAGGAGCGUGCAGCAAUCGCCAAAGCCGGGGGCCGCAAACUUGGCCCAGCAAUUCUGUAUUUUGGCUGCCGUCAUGAGACGAGAGACUACAUCUACAAGGACGAGUUGCAGGAAUGGGAAAAGAUGGGCAUCGUGCAAGUCAAAACCGCCUUUAGCAAAAUGGGCGAUCGCAGCCGCUAUGUUCCGGAUGUCAUCUGGGAGGAUCGUGCUGGCGAAGUGGCAAACCUUUUCCAGAACGGAGGGAAGAUCUUCUUGUGUGGCUCUGCUGCCAAGUUGGGGAAGAGCUGCGCGAAUGUCUGCAAGAAGAUUUAUAGUGAGAAGACGGGGAAGAGUGAGGAAGAAGCGGAAAGUUGGUUGCAAAGCGUCAGGGCCGAGAGGUUUAUUGCUGAUGUCUACUGA